CCUCCACAGCAAAGGAAGCCACCGCCAGAUUCCCGCUACUUCAUGCAGAUCCCAGCGGCCUACGCAGGAGGAGCAGGAGCAAACCCUUACUCAAUGAUAGCAGCGACGAAACAAGGAAUGGGGCCAGGAAAAACCGUAGGAGAUGAAGACUACGGGGAGAUGGACGAAGCGC